AUGGUAUCUCCCGAGAUGGUGUACAUCAGAGGAGAGGAGAUGACAACUUACUGUAUGGACCUCAUCCUUGACAAGUGGAUUUAUCCUCAUGUUGACACCUCGAAAUGGGAAUUCUUCGAUUUGAGCUGCAAGUCCAGAGACGAGACGGACGACCAGGUGCUUCGCGAUGCCGUCAAGGCCGGCAAGAGGGUUGGGUCGAUCUUCAAGGAGCCAACGGUCACCCCGUCAGCCGAGCAGAGGAAGUCCAUGGGCCUCAAGAAGGCGCUCCCGUCGCCCAACGGCGCAAUGAGGAGGGGAUGGAACGGCAUUACUAUCUCCAGGGACACCAUCCACAUCGAAGGACUGAAGCUCGGCUUUGAGAAGCCUGUCCUCUUCGAGCGGCAUGCUGUAGGAGGAGAGUACGGAGCAGGAUACGACACGGUAGGGAGCGGGGUCCUUAAUACCAUCUUCACUGCUGAGAACGGCAAGACGAUUGUGGUUGACUCUCGUCAGCUGGACAACAAGUCCAACGCUGUCGUCACCUACCACAACCCGCUGGACAACGUGGAGGACAUGGCUCACAUCUUCUUUCAGAGGUGCCUGGAGGCAGAGGUCACCCCCUACGUUGUGACCAAGAAGACUGUGUUCAAGUGGCAGGAGCCGUUCUGGCUCAAGUUCAAGGAGGUCUUUGACGAGCACUACAGGGCAGAGUUUCUGGGCAGAGGCCUCAUCCUCAAGACGGGAGGAGAGCUCCAGCAUCUCAUAUCAGACGCCGCCACCAUGCAGAUCAUCCGAUGGACCGGCGGAGGGUUCGGCAUGGCGGCGCACAACUACGACGGGGACAUGCUCACGGACGAGAUCGCGCAGAUCCAUCGCAGUCCGGGCUUCAUCACGUCGAACCUCAUCGGCAAGAACGACGACGGCAGCCUGAUCAAGGAGUUCGAGGCCUCCCAUGGCACCGUCGCUGACAUGUGGCAUGCGCACUUGGAGGGGAAGGAGACGAGUCUGAACCCCCUGGGGCUCGUGGAGGCCCUGAUAGGCGCCAUGCAGCACUCGGUUGCUCUCCACAAGGGCCCGCACGAGCUUCACGACUUCGCCAACAAGAUCAGGAGAUGCAUGCACCUCGCCUUCACCAACGGGCUCGGGACUCGGGACCUUGCCGGGCCGGAGGGGCUGACGACUGAGAAGUUUGUCGACGCGAUCGCAGAGCUUCUCAACGAUGCUCCUCUUGACCAGGUCAUCGACAAGUACAACCCGCAGCACAACGUGACGAAGCAGGCGGCGGACGCCUCGACCUUCGACAUCGACGAGCAGGCGAUGAAGAAGCUGUUUGAGGACCUCGACACCAACAAGGACGGGUCCCUGUGCUACAAGGAGUUCGCCCAGGGGCUCAAACGGCUCAAUGUCGCGCCCAAGAAGGGAAAGCGACUGAGGAUGUUGAGAAUCUCGUUGGAGGAUCCGGUCUAG